AUGGGGCUAUGACAGACAAUUACGGAAGCAAGGUCAUAUAUUAUAGGAUAUGAUUCAUUAUGAACGAGAACUUGCAAUUGAUACGCACCUGGAUGGAACGUCUCUGCAGCUGAAACGCUCUAUCAGCAGACUUUUGCGUUUAUGGUAGUGGAGUUUCAGUGAAUCUGUUAGCGUGACACCUCUCAUAACAGCCCUUCCCAACUCAUCUUGAUCAAACCUGCCACUCAGAAACUUUCUCCAGGGAAAACAUACACCUCCACCAUCUUCAACUCUACGUCUCAAUCUUCCAGCGAACCUUCUCCUCGUUCAAAACGCUGCAUUAGCACUCAAUCUCUAUUCAAUUUUCGAAUUCAAAAUCAACGGCUAGGAUAUUAUUACGCAUAAAGCGUUCAGGUACUGCGCUCUCGAUCCAAAGUUUCCCUUCAUUAAUGGGCUUUCUCUCACCUUGACAUCUAUAUACUAGGUUAACGCAAUGCAUUGCAUCUUAUUCUUGCUCUAUUUGUUCGUCACUGCCGUGAUCGGGCAUAUGCAGCUCUUUUAUCCUCCGCCGUUCAACGCAAGCAACAAUCCGCACCUGCAGGGAUCAGCCGAUGAGUUUCUCCAGUUCCCGUACAACUGCUGCGGACGUCAGACUCCAUUCCCCUGCCGUGGAUAUCUUGACCUGCUUGGCACUGAUGCGGGUGCUCCUGUUGCUACCUGGUCUGCCGGCAGCAACCAGAGCUGGAGCAUGACAGGUAUCGGCAACCACUGGGGUGGAUCGUGCCAGGUAGGCUUCUCCAUCGACAACGGGGAGACUUUCCAGGUAGCUGCAUCCUAUCCUGGCAACUGCCCGCAUCGGCUCAACGGCGAUGGUCCUACUGGACAAGAGUUCAACUUUACUGUCCCCGCCGACAUCCCCAGUGGAGAGGCUAUUUUUGCUUGGACUUGGAUCAACCGUGAGCAGGAGUUCAAUAUGAACUGUGCAGCAAUCAAUAUCACUGGCCCUGACUCCUCAUCCGCGGCAUUUUCUGUCCCGUAUUCUCAGCGACCUGGCCUUCUCAUCGCAGAUACCGGAAACGGAUGUUGGUCUCCCAAGACAACCGCUGAAGUUCUCUAUCCGAACCCUGGUCCUGAUGUAAUUGAAGGGGAUAAUGUCUAUACUCUGGAGAAGCCUUAUCCUCCGGAGGCUUGCGGAUAUUAAUAGAUGCCAAUAUCCAAUAGUAGUAUGGCAACCCACUGCCUUUUUGCGUUGGUGAGGGGGCACACUUACGCCGUCAUUUUCUAAAUUCUUCAAGUAGCGAACGGUAGCAUUUUUUUACGUAGCCGAACAAUACGAAAUGAAGAACUCAAAGAGAAAUAUUGUACCAAACUUGGCUUUUGUUGUCUUGUAAUUCUCAGAAACUGCUCUGACGGCGUCAGCGGUGCACCUAUAGUGGGGUCGUCUCAUGUCGUCAAAGAGUUAAGCAAUUGUAAACUAGCUUAGGGUACCCGCUUGGCUCGGCGAUCCCUCGCGACCAGCGCUCGUCGCUAGAACAUUAGCUUGGGCUCGGGCUGGAGCCUAAGCGUUAGUUAUGCUCCACUAACUCCGAUGUUUGAGUAUACAGGAAACAAAGACCGUGUAAAUAAAAGAAGACCCCAGAUGAAAUUCUUC